UUAAAGGGAGCAUGCGCCUCUAGUUGAUGAAUUAGUAAACCCACGUGACUCAAAAUAACAGAGAACAGGUGCCUGGUGAAUGAAGCGCUCAAUAGUAAAAUGUAAUAUCAAUUUUCUCUGCCAUAGACAUAUAUUCCUCUCUCUCUCUCUGUCGACUUCAGGAUCGUAAAAGUUAUAUUGGAGUAGCACAAAUCCAGCCCGAGGCCGCUGGUCGGCCUAUCCAGAAUCCACGGAGUGCCAAACAAUGAUGAACACUAAGCAAGGAGUGGGGUUAUCCUCCUUAAACCCCGGUCAUGUUUCGGGAGGGAGGUAUUCUCCGCCCUACAGACCCCCCGACCGUAUGCGCUGUGUGACGGGGAAUACGGGUAACUUUUUUGAUGAUGGCAUUCUGUCGCGAGCAGAGGUUUUGGCGGCUGUGGACAUUCCAAAACAGUCAUCACAAAACUUAAUGAAACAUGAUGGACUCUAUGGUCACACUGCCGACUUAGGGGGGCACAAUGUCACCCCACCACGACACCAAAUGCAAAUGAACUGUCACACGGGCUUUGGUCCCGGGGACUCAAUGUUAGAGCAGUUAACAACAAACCACGGGAUGUCGCUUGGUGGAAUGCCGGAGAACCACUACAGCAUCGCUAAUUCUAUACCACACAGUCACCACCAAAUGUUCCAGCCAAGUGUCUGUACCAACCUUAACGCCAUGGGCGGCCACCACACAUUCCCCGGACAUCACCCGGUACACCACGCUAUACACGACACGGAAUGUGACCCGCGCGAACUGGAAGCAUUUGCCGAAAGAUUCAAACAACGCCGUAUCAAAUUAGGGGUCACACAAGCGGAUGUUGGGUCUGCAUUGGCGAACCUUAAACUUCCAGGCGUAGGAUCUCUAAGUCAAAGCACAAUUUGUAGAUUUGAAUCACUGACAUUGAGUCAUAAUAACAUGAUAGCACUGAAACCUAUUCUUCAGGCCUGGUUGGAAGAAGCCGAACGGCAGGCGAGGGAAAGAAAGGAAGCGGAAGCUGGCGGUCUAGCAGCUGAACGGAAGCGAAAACGUACCUCAAUAGCAGCUCCGGAAAAACGGUCACUGGAAGCAUAUUUUGCGGUGCAACCAAGGCCCUCUGGUGAAAAAAUUGCCCAAAUUGCAGAAAAAUUGGACUUGAAGAAAAACGUUGUCAGAGUUUGGUUUUGUAAUCAAAGACAAAAGCAAAAGCGUAUGAAAUUUUCGGCCGUUGCCCCUCAUUGAUAACAUCUUAUGAAAAUUCAAAAUUGACGUUUCAUACGCAUAAAAGGCACUGAUUGCGUUUGUCUUGUGCACAAUAUUUCGCUGACAGUGUCAACCGAAUGGUCUCCCCUUGGAUCACUUCCGGUCACGGUCAGUAUUUUGUGCUGAAAAUUUCGGGUACUAACUGAUAUGAAUUGUGUUAGUAUGCUGGUAAAUUUUAUGCUAUUUUGAAUACCUAUAAAAUUUUAUUUAUACUUGGUAGUGUGUGCGUGCAUAACAACCAACACUUGGAAGAAAACAAUGUUUCUGUCAAUGUGUUGAACGUGUCACAUUUUUAUACAAAUGGUUCUACGUAUUAUUACAUUAAUUAACAAACCUACUUAAUAAUUGAAUAUUUAUUUUAUGUUUUAAUGAUUAUUGUAAAUAUUGUGUGAUAUGUUUUAGAAAUGUUAUUUAUUUUUUUAAUUUAUUAUAUUUAUUUACUUCUUAUUUAUUACCUUUGAUUCUGUCUCAUUUAUUGUUGAAAGCGUUCAGGAAAAUCAAUUUUUACUAAUGAUGCAAACCAUUCAACAUUGCUUUCUUUUCUUAAAAAAAGAGCAAAUCGAACGGACUUUAAGAGAUGGCUAACUAUGGUCGUUAAAAGAAAAAGGAUAUUUAUUGAGAACCAAGAGCAGACGGAAACAUUAAAAUUUUGAAUUAUAAUUAAAGUCUAAGCAAUAUUUGGAAAAAAUGUCUUUGUAUAAGUUUUAUUAUAAUCAGUCUGAUUAUUUUUAUAUAAAUAAUUAUUCUUGCUGUAAAUUAAUACGCCGUUUUCUGGUGUCAUAAAAGAAAACCAUAUAUGUUCAAAGAAUUGUUUUAUUGAAAUGAAAUUUUAAAACCGUUAAUAGAUUAAGAUGAAGGUAAAAUUGCCGUUAGUAUUAUGUUUGAUGUCGGCAUUAAGCGUCAGAGUCAACUUUCCAUGCUAUAAAGCGAGUUUAAUUCUGUUAUUAAGUGACAAGAACCGUCUAUUUCGCUAAUACAAAUGGAAACAAUAUCAUUAAGUGCGUAGACAUUAGGGGAUUAUUGUUGUGUUUCAUUGUCCAGAAGUAGAACACGACACAUCAGUGGCUGUACCCACGGGCGGGCACCUGUCGCUCUACCCCCGGGCGGGCACCUGCUGAUGAUCACGCCGAUCUCCAUAACACCUUUCUUAUUUGUUUGUUUUUGUUAUAUAACAAUUGUUGGUGUAUACAAAUGAAAACUGAUUUCAUCAAUUGAUUGUGUAUUUCAUUUGAAAAAUAAAAAAAAUGAGAAACAGA